AUGGGCGACAAACAGCCCAACGUGCUGCUGCCGGCGCCGCCGCCGAUCCUGCUGCUGAUGCUGCUGGACAUCCAGGCCCGGUUGCUUGCGUUCCAGAAACUGCGCAACCCGGAGGCGGCGCUGCCCGUGGGGUCGUUGCUGAGGCUGCUGCUGAUGAACGCCGGCCGCCCUCCCCUGGCUCCCCCCCUGGAUAUUGGAGAUGCUGGUAUUGAUGCCGGGGUCCACAUUCGUCCCCACGCCAAUCUGGAGCCGCAACUUCCCCCGACAAACCCUCCUUUGGUCAAGAAACCGUCGCUUUCUCAAAGACGGGGGAUGAAGCUUGAUAUGAGUGAACUCGCUCAAACCAAGCCUAUCGCGCCUGAGCUGAAACUGGACCUGGCGGUACCGACCACCACCAACGGAAACAAACGCAAAUUCAACCUCAAAUUGCCGCUGGCGCCCGCGGUGCCUCAAUCGCCUUCGAAAGCUACAAAUACCGAUUCUAAUGGCAACGGGGCCCCGCUGUUGUUUGACCUGUACAAAAAGUAUAUUGAUAUCCAGCUGGGAGAGCUCAAAUUCGCCGGAAAAGCUCUGCUUCACUCGAAAGGGGUCGACUUUAGUAGCGGCCAUCUGUUUCGUAUUUCACUUGACGAACUCGAAUACAUCGAAGAAAUUGGCCGUGGUAACUAUGGCUGCGUGCUGAAAGUAUUACAUAAGCCUACGGGGGUGACGAUGGCGAUGAAAGAAGUGAGACUUGAACUUGACGAGACCAAAUUCACCCAGAUCUUAAUGGAAUUGGACGUGCUUCACCGGUGUACGCUGCCGUAUAUUGUUGACUUUUACGGUGCUUUUUUUGUCGAGGGAGCAGUGUACAUGUGUAUGGAGUACAUGGACGGCGGCCUGUUGGAUAAGAUUUAUGGCCAAAAUUAUGGGGUACAAGACGAACAGCUGUUGGCGUAUAUUUCCGAGUGUGUGAUCCGGGGCCUUAAGGAGCUUAAAGAUACUCAUAAUAUCAUCCACCGCGACGUCAAACCAACGAAUAUUUUGGUCAAUACUCAGGGGAAGGUGAAGUUGUGCGAUUUUGGCGUAUCGGGUAAUUUGGUGGCGCUGUUGGCUAAAACCAAUAUUGGUUGCCAACUGUAUAUGGCUCCCGAACGCAUCUAUACUGGUUCCAACCCGAUGGACCUGACAUAUCUGGUACAACUGGACGUAUGGUCUCUUGGGAUUACCAUACUAGAAAUUGCCUGUGGCCACUACCCUUACCCGCCAGAAACUUACGGCAAUAUCUUUUCCCAAUUACUGGCGAUUGUCGAUGGUGAUCCGCCCAAAUUGGAUAGCGGUCGGUUUACGGAGUUGGCGCAAAACUUCGUCAACCAGUGCCUCCAAAAAAAUCCGGAUACGCGGCCGCUGUACUCUGAAUUGCUAGCUAAUCCGUGGCUUGGAGGGUAUAAGCACGAGGAGUGCGAGGCGGCGUUGGCGCUGGAGGUGAACUGCCGCCAGCAACGCGGCAAAAGUGGUGGUAGUGGUGGUAGUAGCGUGGCGGCGCUGGCGCCUAAGCCGCCGCAGAUGGCGCUGGCGAUUCUUAAGAAACCGGUGGUGGCGCAGGGACGACGCCCGGCGCCGUCGUCGUUGGCUCAGAAUAGAGGGUUUGGUAGAUAA